AUGUCAGAACUACUUGAUGUAGCAAACAAGAAAAAGCAUGCUGUGAGAAGGCGCGCGACGCCGACGCCAAUGCAAACGAUGCGAUUACACACGGACAAAGUGUCGGUAGUCGCAUUCUUCAAUGACGGUCGGCGGGUCGUCACUGGUUCAUGGGACUACACCCUGCGAAUCUGUAACAUACAAAAGGGGACAGUGGUCGGGGGGCCAUUCUUAGGACACAGUAACAAGGUAUUUUCAGUCGCGGUAUCGCCAGACGACAGGCGAAUCGCGAGUGGUGGGAAAGAUAACACUAUCAUAAUCUGGGACAUCGAGAGCAGGCGGUUGCUAUUCGACCCACUGACGAAGCAUACAAAAUGGGUGUCCUCGGUGUGCUUCUCCCCCGAUGGCAAGAGACUCGCAAGCGGGUCAUAUGAUUCGACAGUGAUUAUAUGGGAUGCAGAAACUGGCACUGUGCUCUCAACACUCCAGGGUGAUCGAGGCGGGGUGUCGAGUGUCGCGUUCAACCCAGAUGGUUCAAAAUUAGCAUCCGGAUCAUUGCGCAGCAUCCAGAUUUGGCGCACAGACUCUAACGCCGAACUUAUUUUCGAGAUCAACGCUCAUGAAAAAUGGGUCCUCAGUGUCGUGUGGUCACCUGAUGGCCAGCAACUUGUCUCUGCAUCAUACGACAAAACAGUCAAGUUCUGGGACUCCUCGAAAGGGUACCAGAUCGGUCAACCUUGCACCAGUCACACUUCCAACAUUAACUCGCUUGCCAUCUCUUCUGAUGGCUCCUUUAUUGCAGCUGUUUCGGAUGACAGGACCGUCCAACAUUGGAGCACAAAGUCACACCAGAAGAUAGGAGAACCACUCAAACACAUCGUAGACGUUACAUGUGUCUCCAUUUCUCCCAACGCAGAAUUGGUCGUGGUCGGAGACCUCUAUGGCGAGAUUCAGUUCUGGUCCAUCAAGAACACACUUUCGGCAGCAGCCCAGUUGUAUUCCUUAUCCGACUCUUACUUUGCACACCGCAGUAAGGUGAAGUUGAGGCGAAACCUCUAUCACGAGGCCCUUUUAGACGCCCAAAAGGUGCGGACGAUAUCUGUCACUGUUUCAACAAUUGUGGUGAUGCUAGAUACUAACGAUUCUCAGGUUAUCGAGCUCAACCCAUCGUCUUACCUUGGGUACAAAUUGAAGCAUGCAGCUCUUUAUGAAGCACGGCGCUAUGAUGACGCAAUCGAGUCCUUCAAGAUCAUGCUUUCCAAGUUGGAUAAUGCACCCGACUCACAGAUACGACAGUUGCGUAAACAAUAUGUCAAUCCGUCUGAAAUAGAAGAUGCUAUUCGACAAGCUGUUCAUGCUCACCUAGAAAAUGCACCACUUCGUCUAAUUCACACCAUCACUGGGAAGAUAUGUGAUCGACAGGCACAAAUAAAUACCUUCAAGACAAGCAUGGAGUACAAGGAGAUUUUGUCGUCAUCGAUGCUGCAUAGGCACCUUCAAACGGAGCCCAUCAGAGAAGCGGUCGUGAAGUACUUCAGCUGGGUCAUGUUAUCUCACAGGUGGGAAACCAAGGAGCCGCGGCUGCACGAAAUUCAGGACAAGGACGUGUACACAAUACGUCCAGUUGGAACUAUAGUGAAGUUGCAGAAGUUCUGCAAAAUCGCUCACGAUGCGGGGUAUUUUUGGGCGUGGAGCGACACAUGCUGCAUUGACCAGAAUAAUAACGUCGAGGUUCAAGCAUCAGUCAACUCCAUGUUCGUCUGGUAUCGCAACUCAGCACUCACCAUUAUCUAUCUAUCUGAUGUUUCUCCUUCGUCAAAGUCUGGUGCACUGGCAAAGAGCGUUUGGAACACGCGAGGGUGGACUGUUCAGGAGUUCCUCGCUCCUACAGUUGUUCUCUUCUACCAAGCGGACUGGACCCUGUAUCUUCACGACCACUCCCUCAACCACAAAGAGUCUGUCAGUAUCAUGCAGGAGUUGGAGCGUUCAACUGGUAUAAAUGCGCAGGCGCUCGUUGCCUUCAGCCCGGGGAUGAAAAAUGCCCGAGAGAAACUUCAAUGGGCAUCAUGCCGUGUUACGACAUUACAGGAAGACAUUGCGUACUCAUUGUUUGGCAUUUUCGGUAUCCAUCUACCUGUCAUCUACGGCGAGAAGAGACACAACGCGCUUGGACGUCUCUUGCAGGAGAUCAUCGCUCACUCGGGUGAUAUCACAGCCCUGGACUGGGUUGGGCAGUCAUCCAGUUUCAAUAGCUGUCUGCCAGCCAACAUUGCCUCAUACAGAGCCCCGCCAUGCACACUGCCAUCUCUAUCUGAAGAUGAGAUUCAGUCAUCGGCCUCCUCACUGCGAAAUAAUGUGACUCAGGCGUCGGCUUUGAAACUCUACAACAUCCUUGACAAUCUCAGUGCUCCUCGCUUCGCCAACUGCAGGCUGCGCCUGCCUUGCAUCACGUUUCCAGUCACAAAAGUCAAGCGGAGGGCCGGUACACCUCGCACCUAUCGUAUAAAGGCAGACGGAGUCCAAGACCUUGAAAUCACAACGGCGGACACGCUGGUUCAAUUUUGGCCUGGAAAGCCCACUUCACAGAAAUUUUUGCUCAUCCGUCCGUGGAAUCGUCAUGAUCUUGGCCUGCCCGACUUUGCAGACGAGAUGCGGAGCACGGAUGAUGGGCCUGAGCCUGGGUCUCCAUCAGAUGAUCCACUCGGCUUAUCUCCGUUAGAUAACGAGCCGGCUGGUUUGCGGUCUCUUACUCGAGAGCCGAGCUUACUCACUCGCCUCACACAGCAAUUGGGCGCACUUUGGCUAGGGCAGCAGGAACAGGCUGAUUCGCGGUCUCACACGCGAGAAUUGGGGUUGGUUGUUCGCCUUGGACAGCCUUUUAGUGCACUUUUACUGGCACAGCAGCGGGGUGGGGAGUAUAAGAGAAUUGCUUCGGAUUGCAAUAUCAUUGCACAAGUCAGGGACAUGGCUUGUGUCGAUGACAUGAUGAAUGUCAGGACAUUGGAGAUAUUAUAG